CCUUCUCUACCAGCUCUCACCAUGAUACAAACAUUUUUCCCUCCAUGGCACCAGUAGCCUUGGUGCUGCUUUCAUUCACUGACCGAGGGGGCACAUGGAGGAGGGUUUGACAGCGGAGGAAACAUAAAUUCCGCAGGCGCAGAGAGGAGCUGCGCGUGACCCCUUGUCUUCUUCAUGGCUCAUUGCUCCGCUCACCCCGCGGUACCCAUCGCGCUGCUGGUGUUCGGACUUGCUGCCAUCCUGCUCCUGACUAUCCCCACUGAAGACGUCCAGGAGCCGCCGGGGUUCAUGUAUGGGAUUGUCUUGGAUGCUGGAUCUUCGCACACAGCUCUGUAUAUUUACAAGUGGCCCGCAGACAAGCUGAAUGGAACAGGCGUGGUCACCCAGCACACUGAAUGCCAUGUUAAGGGUGUAGGCAUCUCCAGCUAUGCAGGCCAACAGGGAGCAGCAGGGCAGAGCUUAGAGGCAUGUCUAGACCAGGCGGUGGAGGACAUCCCCAAAGAGAGACACCCGCGCACACCUGUGUACCUGGGAGCCACAGCUGGCAUGAGGCUUCUGCAGAUCUCAAAGCCGGAGUCGUCGGACCAGAUUCUGCAGGAAGUGGGCCACAAAAUCCAGUCGUACCCUUUCAGCUACCAGGGGGCCACUAUACUCAGCGGGAAAGAGGAGGGGGCGUACGGCUGGGUCACUGUCAACUAUCUCUCAGAGAACUUCAUCAAGUAUGGUUUCGUGGGGAGCUGGUUGAGCGCCGGCAGACCCACGGUGGGGGCGCUUGAUCUCGGCGGAGCGUCCACUCAGAUCACAUUUGAGACUAAGGAUAAAGUGGAGGAUGAAAAGGAUCUGAAGAAGCUGCGUCUUUAUGGCAAUGAUUACUCUCUGUACACACACAGCUUCCUGUGCUACGGCCGGGACCAGUUCCUCAAGAGACUCAUGGCUCACAUCCUGAAGUCUCAGGAUUACCCUCAGUCCAUCACUCACCCCUGCUAUCCUGCAGGCCUCAACAGAACCGUGAAGUUGAACAGUAUAUUCAGCUCUCCGUGUACAGCACAGUACAAUCCCAGCUCCUACGACCCCCUGGCCUCUGUGACAGUGACGGGCAGCGGACAGUACGAACACUGUCUGGGCAACGUGUCGGAGAUCUUCUCCUUCGACAGCUGCCCCUUCUCCCAGUGCUCCUUCGAUAAAGUCUUCCAGCCCAAUGUCAGCGGCAGCUUCAUGGCGUUCUCUGCUUUCUACUACGUUCACCUCUCGCUGCAGCGUACCACCGGCGUCACCGCACAAACUCCUUCACAACUAGAGAACGCGGCGGAAACUCAGUGCGGCAUGACUUUCAAUCAACUGCUGCUUCUUGACCCGAAGCAAAGGUUUCGUUUGCAGGACAGCUGUGCCAGCUCUGUGUUCGUUAAGACUCUCAUGUUCAGAGGAUAUGGCUUCGAUGAGAUGUCAUUCCCGCGUGUAACCUUCCAGAAGAAAGCAGGGGACACCUCGGUGGGCUGGGCUCUGGGCUACAUGCUGAGUCUGAGCAGUUUACUGCCGGCAGAGACAGUGGGGCUGAGGAAGGCCCUGACUCCAGGAGCGUGGGCCACCCUCAUCUUCCUCUCCGUCCUCCUGCUCGUGGGGGUCCUGGUCUUCAUCCUACUCCGUUCUGUUAAUGGGAAGAAGAAAGGAGGAAGUGAUGGCACCAUCUAGAUACUAUAACAACAAGACAGUAUUAGGUUUUUGUUUAUGUUGGCUCUGUACUCCGACAUAUUGGAUCUGAAAUGAAACUAUGCGGUUUAUUUAAGGGUAAUCACAUUAAUAGGUGGGAUCUGUUUCUCAUCUUACCCUUAGUCCCCCGAUUUUAGGUUAAUGCAGCAGGACAAAAGGCUUAUUUCACAAGAUGUCUUUUUAAUUUUGUUCUUGAAAGAGUCCUAAGGAAGGUCAAUUACUGUUUUUAAAUCACAUCAUUUUUUGUAUUUGUGCCCCAUCAUUCACAUACUGUAAAGGGCAGGAGACUGCAUGGCUGUCUAUAUCCAGUAGUGGAUAUAAAUUAUUAUGAAUUAUUGAUUUUUUUUAAACAACUACAACUCCUUUAACUUCACAAUCUUUCCUUUCAAAUGUUAUUUCCUGGAGUAUAAAGCAAACACAAGGAAAACACAUGUCGGGUUUUAAGAAUAUUGUAUAGUAUAGCAGAGGCACUGACACUAAGAUGAGGUCUGAAUGACAUUUUCUUCUUGAAAAUAUGAGAUUCUUUUUCAUGUAGAAGUGUGACUAGUCUGAAGCGCUGGUAUAUUAAAAUGUAGCACACUGGAGAUACUGUAACUACCAGUUUAAUAUGCAAGUAAACACUAUUUAAUUAUUUUUUAAUAUGUAUUGAAAUAUGUAUUUUUUUAAGGUGGCAGUUUUAAUUCACAUUUUAUUUUAGCGCAAGUCAAGAGCAUGCUUUUGCAUAUUACAAAUAUUUGUUGACUUAGACAAGUUUUAGUUUCAUAAACCUUGUGUCAUUUGGAGGAAGUAGAUAACUGAUAGAAAAGAGCUCUUCAAUCUAAAACAUUUUUUCUUUAUGUCUACUAUAUAAUAAAAGGAAACCAGUAGUUGCUGAUACAGUUUAGAUUAAACUAGAAUACAACAAUCCUGCUUGAAAUACAGAAAGGCAUUAAGGUACUGAGCAAAACUUACAUCUAAACUGCCAAAAAAAGAACUUAUGUUUAUAUUUCUUUGUUUUAUACAGUAGUCAAGAAUUCACCAGUUUGCUUCAAGCUAUAUGAGUUUACCUAAAGGGCCUUAUUAUGCUUGUUGGGGUUUUCCCUUUCCUGUAAUGUGUUAUAUAGUAUUCGCGAUUGGACUCCUUUGUUUACUUCCGUAACAUAGCAACAUCACGAUGUAACACUCCCGCUUCUAUUGGUUAACACUCCAACACAUUGUUGUGAUAGGCUAAAGGGCGGGACAGCUCUAAGCAGCUAACCAAUCAGAACAGACUGGGCUCUGGUUUCAGACAGAGGGUGUAAAGAGGUGCGGCAGCACAAUGAGCAUAAUAGGGCCCCUUUAAGGUAUGAAUUAGUUCAGUUUCAGUUUUCUGCACCAUAAAACUAAUAUUUGAGUGCUGCCUUAUUGAAUUGGAUGUAAUAUACUUGUUUUGCUUUUAGCGUGCCCACCUCUAGUGAAAACUAUUUAAAUGUCCCAAAAAAACACUGUAAAUAAUUUUAUGAUGGAACAUUGAAACAUGCCAAUAUGUAAGGUGUGCCUGCAUUAAGGCCAAAGGGAACUCUUGGCAUGUAGAUGAAUUAUGAAUAUGAGACUUUCCCAAAUCUUUUCAGAUCCUGCAUGUUUAUUUAGUUUGUACCCCCAUAUUGUAGCAUCUUCCAAAUUAUUCUUGUGGCAUAUUGAGUUUUUACUGAUGGAAACAUUUGGAUACUCCUGGGGAACAUGUUUGCAGUUGGGGUGAUGUGGCUUUUAGCAUAUUUAUGUUUGAUGAAUCAACUGUGACAAAGAUUGAAAUAACGCUAUGUUAAUAUUCAUAUCAUAUUCAUAUUAUCGCAUUGUGAGUUUUUAAUUAUCAUGGCAUGGUCUCUGUUUGGUAAUAUUGUAUGUUUUAUAUUUGUUUUACUCGAGAUAACAAAAUACAUAUAUUUUUUUCCUUUGUACAA